AAACUGUGAUACUUCUUCCUCAAUACAUUAACCGAAGGUGGGCCCACUCAAUCUUUGUUGAUUUCAACAAGACAUACACGUUCUAUCUAACGGGUUACUAUUCUUUUCCCGCAGUUUUUUUUUUGUGUCUCUACAACUAGCAGAACACCGGGGGACUGGAUUGUUAGACGCUAUUUAAGGAUGACGGCCCUUAGUGAAGAUUUGCUUGUGACUGUUAACAAGCUCCAAGAUCUCGUUUUCAAUACGAUUGGGAAUGACUCCCUUGACCUGCCGCAGAUUGUUGUCGUGGGGUCUCAGUCAUCCGGCAAAUCGUCCGUACUAGAGAACAUCGUUGGCAGAGACUUCUUACCGAGAGGAAGUGGUAUAGUCACAAGACGCCCAUUGAUCUUACAACUCAUAAAUAUUCCAAGUGAACGACACGACAGGCCUGAAGGUGAUGAAAUCCAUAUACCUCACACAGCCGCAAGUGUAGCGGGGCAGUAUGAAUGGGCAGAGUUUCAUCAUCUUCCCGGCCGCAAAUUCGAAGACUUUGCUUUGGUAAAGCAGGAGAUCGAAGCGGAAACUGCAAGGAUAGCCGGGAGCAAUAAAGGAAUCAACAGACAACCCAUCAAUCUCAAGAUAUUUUCACCCCAUGUACUCAAUCUUACUAUGGUUGACUUGCCAGGGUUGACGAAAGUGCCGAUUGGGGACCAACCGUCCGAUAUUGAAAAGCAGACUCGGGCCCUAAUACUCGAAUAUAUAGCGAAGCCGAACAGUAUCAUCUUAGCAGUUUCUCCUGCCAACGUUGAUCUUGUCAAUUCCGAAGCCCUGAAGCUCGCUCGUCAAGUGGAUGCAAUGGGCCGAAGAACGAUUGGAGUUCUAACUAAGCUAGAUCUCAUGGAUCAUGGCACAAAUGCUAUGGAUAUCCUUUCUGGACGAGUUUACCCUCUGAAGCUGGGAUUCAUUGGUGUUGUCAAUCGAUCGCAACAAGAUAUCCAGUCUGGAAAGUCAUUAUCCGAUGCUUUGCAUGCUGAAGUCGACUUCUUCAGACAUCAUCCAGCCUAUCGGAACAUGGCGAAUAGGUGCGGUACCCAGUUUCUUGCGAAGACACUGAAUACAACCUUAAUGUCUCAUAUCCGAGAUCGGCUACCCGAUAUUAAAGCGCGCCUCAACACACUCAUGGGUCAAACGCAGCAAGAACUUGCAAGCUAUGGCAACAAGCAGUUUAGCGGGAAGGAGCAUCGUGGAUCUUUAAUUCUGCAACUCAUGACACGCUUUGCAUCUUCCUUCAUAUCUUCCAUUGACGGAACAUCUUCUGAAAUAUCCACCAAAGAGCUUUGUGGAGGGGCGAGAAUAUAUUAUAUCUUUAACUCCGUUUUCGGCAAUUCCCUGGAAACGAUUGAUCCUACGCAUAACUUGACCGUUACGGAUAUUAGGACCGCUAUCCGGAACUCGACUGGUCCGCGUCCAAGCCUCUUCGUUCCAGAAUUGGCUUUUGACCUGCUUGUCAAGCCUCAGAUAAAAAUGCUGGAAGCUCCUAGUCAGAGGUGUGUUGAACUAGUCUAUGAGGAGCUCAUAAAGAUUUGUCACACCUGUGGUUCUCAGGAACUUCUCCGCUUCCCACGGCUCCAGGCAAAACUGAUAGAGGUGGUGUCAGAUCUUCUUCGUGAGCGCUUGGGUCCCUGCUCAGCAUACGUUGAAUCUCUCAUUUCCAUUCAAAGAGCCUAUAUCAAUACAAAUCAUCCAAAUUUCCUUGGUGCAGCAGCAGCUAUGUCAUCUGUCAUUCAAAACAAACAGGAACAGGAAAGACGGGCAGCAUUAGCUGAUGACCGGAGAAAGCGGGAGAAAAGACGGCUGAAAGAGCUUGGGGGAUUGAAUGGAAAUUCACCUGCAUCCCCCGAAGAUGAAGACGAACAACAGUCAGAAUCCCGGUUACACAACGUCCCUGUCAGGAGUCAACCUGCGAAGGGUGCCAGGAGCAUGUCACCUCAGUUUGGUAAAGGACAAGAAGGUGGUGUGACCGCAACACUUAACGGUGCUCAUGCGAAUUCCCAAGCGGCUUUUGGAACAGCCAACACCACGCGUGAUUCUUUCCUCAACUAUUUUUUCGGCAAAGAUGGCCCGCAACCUGCCAACUCGUUGCCUCAGCUCUCGAGCCAGAACCGUCAAUAUACCAACCCCAACGAAGCAAACAUCAGCCACAGCGUUCGCAGGACGGAUAUGCGUUCCCCUGUCAUAGCAUCCGAGGAGUAUGCGGCUCCUGUAGAAUAUACCGGCGACGUCGGUGCCGCCCCCAACGAGGAUUCUGAGACGGUCCUCUCCGACCGUGAAAUGGUGGAAACAGAGUUGAUUAGCCGGUUAAUUUCCUCUUAUUUUAAUAUUGUGAGGGAAACUAUUGCCGACCAAGUUCCUAAGGCUAUCAUGCACCUCCUUGUCAAUCACAGCAAAGACGUCGUGCAAAAUAGACUCGUCAGCGAGCUUUAUAAAGAAGACCUUUUCGCGGAGCUUCUUUACGAGGAUGAUGGUAUCAAGGCAGAGAGAGAGAAGUGUGAAAGACUGCUUGAUACAUACAAGGAAGCAGCGAAGAUUGUUGGCGAAGUUUUGUAAGUUCAGUGUAUUGCAGGCAUGAACAAGGGCCAGAUUGGGUUUUUUUCGGAUCAUGUUUUCAUACAAGAUAUCGAAGUUUGGCCAUCAGUUUUGAUAAAGGUUGAGAAGACCCUGUUUAGUUUUGUAACUAUAUACUAGACUUUGGCUUACUACAUGAGCCAUGAUAAAUCACAAUAGCCUCAUGU